AUGGUUUGGGGUCAGCUUGGCAGAGUGAUGCCCGAGAAUGAGCUCAACCUCGUCUUGAUCAAGCUCCUCGAGUAUCUAGGUAGCAGCAACAGUUUUGCAGCUGCUGUUGCUUUCAACGAGCUUCUCAAUCUGUCAGAAUCCCGCAGCACCACGCCACGACGCCUCCUGGAGCCCUACUGGAAGAGCUUGGCGUACAUGGCGACCAAAGACAUGGUUCACCGACCGCAACGAAGCAGAGCGAUAGCGGAGCUCCUGCAGAUUUCUGUCAAUGAAUUGUUAUUGCUCAUUCAAACGCACGCGCUCCCAUGGCUCGUCUUGGACAAGCGGACGGAAGUGAUUCAAAAGUUUGCCGAGGCGCGACAGGAGACCAUGGGCUGGCAGCCGCUGAUGGACAAUGCAAACUUGGCUGCCAUCCUGUCGCUUCUCAUGAUUCAAGAGACCGAUGACAUCGAAAAUUUUGUCAGGUCCCGGUUAAACGACGUUGGUCUCAAUCUACAUGAUCGACCGAUUGUCGAACUGCUACAAAUCGAGCCCGUCUUGAUCGCGAUUGAACUCCUGAAAGCCGCUGGACAGGCCGACGGAGUAAGGAAGGAGACCAUCAUUGAAGCUCUUAGGUGGAUGGCAACAAGCAUUCUCAGGGCAAGCCCUGAGACGAAGAAGAUCAAAAAAGGCAACAUGAUUGGCAGAUUCCUGCAAUCGCAUAUUCUGGGCUUGAUGGCUCGUCUUACUGAUGUGAUCAACGAUCCAGCCAUGAUGCACCCCGGAGAGAUGGAACAGCGCAACUGCAUCCGCGCCCUGGACGAAAUGAUCAAUCUCUGCCAGUCGCAUGCGCGUAUCGCUCGACCGCAAAUAUCUGCCUGUCUACUCGCGGCGCUGGCACAGGACUCGCUGAGAGACAUCUCACUGUCAUGCUGGGCGUCCAUGUUAAUGAACUUUGAUGAGGAAGAUGUCGAGGCGCUUCUGGAGACGACAUUCUUCAUCGUCAAGCACUAUUGGCCCAACUUCAGUGCAUUCUCGAUUGAGACCGCCAGUGACAUCGUGUCAUUCUUGCUGGAGAGCUACGGGGCCAUUGUCGAGAAGAACAUUAGCAGCCUGCCCUCGUUUCAAGGCAUUCCUUCACUCUCCAAGCUGGAAAAAGAGCUCCGGGCUCUCCGACCCAAGCUCCUCCCGGAAGAACUGCUCCCCAUAUUCGCCACGCGACUUCGUCAUGAGAAUUCAGGCGUCGUGCAGCAGGCCCUGAACGAGCUCGUACCGUACCUUCGAGCCAACCAGGGCGCCCUCCACACGUCCAACAUUUCCCAGACCGACAGCGUGGUGACGACGCUCAUGCGUGCCCUGCUGGAUUGCUCGUGCAGGUACAACCACCUUCACGGCAGCAUCAGCCGGCUGUGCGUUGAGUCCAUGGGCCUGAUAGGCUGCUUGGACUCGAACCAAGCCGAGACUGUGCGCGAGCAGCGGUCUAUCGUAAUUUUGGACAAUUUCGAAAGUUUUCAGGAGACGACCGACUUCGCGCUCUUUCUCUUGGAGGAGAUUCUGGUGCCGGCGUUUCUCUCGGCGACCGACACGCGUCUUCAAGGAUUUCUGUGUUUUGCCAUGCAGGAGCUUUUGGACCGGUUCGAAAUUAAGGCCGCCAUUGCAAUGCAAAAUACCGGAGGCAUGGCCGGGAACAAUAUCUACCGGAAAUGGAUUGCGCUGCCAGAGAACGUGCGAGAGGUAGUCACCCCCUUUCUCACCUCCAAGUACAUGGUCGCCCCCAUGCUGCCUGUGAAGGUGGAAUAUCCCAUAUUCAGCCCCGCGAAGCCCUACGGCAACUGGCUUCGGUCCUUUGUCAUUGAACUACUGCGAAACGGGCAGCAUCCCCACGCCGACAUGCUCUUUGAGCCCUUGUCGCGUGUAAUUCGAGUAAAGGAUCUCUCGACGUCUGAAUUCUUGCUCCCGUACCUUGUCCUCCAUGUUCUGCUUGGAUCGAAGAGUACAGAUCAAGACAAGGAUCAGAUCUUAAACGAACUCACCAGUAUCCUGCAGUACAGUCCGGAGGAGGAGGCGUCAUAUGCUGAAAAGGAAGAGUUCAAGCGCUAUUGCCAUGCUGUCUUCCGGGUUCUUGACUACGCCAUGCGUUGGGUACAUAGCAAGAAGGCUGCAGGCAAACUUUCUUCAGAGAAGAAGGAACAAGUGGCCAAUAUCCAGGCCGUUCUGGACAGCAUCCCCGCCGAACUCAUCUCGGAGCGCGCAACCGACUGCAAUGAAUACGCGCGCGCCUUGUUCCACUUGGAGCAGCAUGUCCAGAAGAUGGAGCAGCAGAAAUGCGCACCUGGUGACCGCGACCGCAUGCUGCAGAAAUUGCAAGAUAUUUAUGCCAACAUUGAUGAGCCGGAUGGCUUGGAGGGCAUAUCAGCACACCUUCAUGCGCUGGACAUUAAUCAGCAAAUUCUAGGCCACAAGAAGGCUGGUCGAUGGACGGCCGCGCAGACGUGGUAUGAGAUUGAGCUGGCCGAGAAGCCGGACAAUGUCGAUGUCCAAGUCGAACUGCUCAACUGCCUGAAGCAAGCAGGCCAAUAUGAUGUGCUUCUCAACCAUGUCGAAUCGAUGUUUACCGAUACUUCUAGCGAUACAAAGAUCAUGCCGUAUGCGGUCGAAGCCGCUUGGGUCACUGGCCGCUGGGAAAGCCUCGGAAAGUUUAUUGAGAGGUUUCAAGGCGACCUGACCCAGGAUUUCAACAUGUCCCUUGCAUCAGUUCUCUCCUCUCUUCACAAGAAGACGGAUCACGCAAAUCUGACCAGGACAAUACAAGGAAUGCGAGACAAGAUAGCUGCAGGAAUGACGACUUCUGCGACGGCAUCACUGCAAGCAGCUCACGACUCUCUGCUCAAGUGCCACGUCCUUGCUGACCUAGAAGUCGUUAUUAACCUGAAAUCUGAUAGAGAGGACGACCGGAAGCAGGCGCUGAGCUUGCUGGACAACCGACUGGACGUCAUUGGAGCGUACUUCCAUGAUAAGCAGUACAUCCUUGGAAUUCGAAGAGCCGCGAUGGAACUCACUCGACCCAAGUUUUCAGAUCUCGACAUUUCCUCUCUCUGGCUCACCAGCGCUCGCCUAGCCAGGAAGACGGAUGCUACUCGCCAGUCGUUUAACGCGGUCCUCCACGCCUCACAAUUGGGAGAUGACUCAGCCACAAUCGAAAACGCAAAGCUUCUAUGGAAGGACUCACAUCGUCGGCAGGCUAUUCAGAUGCUUCAGGGCGCCAUUGAACGCAACCGCUUCAUGACUCAGGCAGGGGCCUCGGCCACGGCGAGCACGGCGAGCUCAAGUAAACUCGGGAAGCAGCAGAAGCUCUUGACGGCGCGUGCUCAGCUGCUCCUGGCCAAGUGGUUGGAUACUUCUGGACAGAUACACGCGCUGGCGUUGCGUGAAAAGUAUCAACAACCGCCCAAGACUCACACAAAUUGGGAAAAGGGCCAUUACUACCUGGGACGCCAUUACAAGAAGAUUUUGGAGGCGGAGCAGCCUCUCAAGGUAGAUGACCAGAGCGAUAACUACGUCACGGGAGAGAUAGCGAGACUGGUCAUUGAAAACUAUCUCAGGUCGCUCAACUUUGGCACAAAGUACCUCUACCAGACCCUGCCGAGAAUACUGACACUGUGGCUUGACCUCGGCGCACAAGUGGACAAGGCGCCGGAGGGGAAGAUGUCGCUGUCCCGUGAGCUUCACAAGCGUCGGGUGGAACAGCUGAACCAGCUGCACGUCUUCCUCGACCGGUACAUCGGGCGACUGCAGGCGUACAUCUUCUACUCUGCGCUGCCGCAGAUUGUCGCGCGCAUCGCGCACCACAACCUGCAGGUCUUUGAGCGGCUGACGCACAUCAUCGUCAAGGUGGUGCAGCACUACCCGCAGCAGGCGCUGUGGAGCGUCAUCGGGGCCAUGACGACGAAGCAGGCGGGCGAGCGCAAGACGCGCGGGAUGCAGAUCCUGCAGACGCUGCGAGGCACGCCGCGCAAGGCGGAGGGCACCUCGCACGACAUGAAGCAGCUCCUGCGGUACGCGGAGAAGCUGGCGGAGCAGCUGCUGCUGGCGUGCACCAACGGCGACUUCCACGGGACCAAGACGGUGCACGCGAGCCUGACGCGCGACCUGCGCUUCAACCACAAGUGCGCGCCGUGCCCGCUGGCGGUGCCCGUGGAGGCGACGCUGACGGCGGCGAUGCCGGCGGCCUCGGGGGACCUCAAGAGCCACCGGCCGUUCUCGCGCGACGUGGUGACCAUCAGCUGCUUCCUGGACGAGGUGCUGGUGCUGAGCUCGCUGGCCAAGCCGCGGCGGCUGACGGCGCGCGGCAGCGACGGCCGCAGCUACAUGCUGCUGGUGAAACCCAAGGACGACCUGCGGACGGACCAGCGCCUGAUGGAGUUCAACUCGAUGAUCAACCGCUCGCUGAAGCGCGACGCCGCGUCGAGUCGCCGCCAGCUGUACAUCCGCACCUACGCCGUGGUGCCGCUCAACGAGGAGUGCGGCAUCAUCGAGUGGGUGCCGGGCAUCCGCACGAUGCGCGACACGCUGCUGUCGCUGUACGCGGCGCACAAGAUCCACCCGGACUACAUGGCGCUGAAGCAGCUGAUGGACGAGGCCUGCGCGGGGCCGGGCGACAGCAAGCUGCGCGUCUUCACGGACGACGUGCUCGGCCGGUUCCCCGCGCUGCUGCCGCUCUGGUUCGUGCGGCAGUUUCCGAACCCGUCAGCGUGGUUCGCGGCGCGGUUGCGGUACACGCGCUCCUGCGCGGUCAUGUCCAUGGUCGGCACGAUCCUCGGCCUCGGCGACCGCCACGGCGAGAACGUGAACCUGGAGGAGGGCUCGGGGGGCAUCUUCCACGUCGACUUCAACUGCCUCUUCGACAAGGGGCUGACCUUUGCCAAGCCGGAGCGCGUGCCCUUUCGGCUGACGCACAACAUGGUGGCCGCGAUGGGCGUGGCGGGCACCGAGGGCCCGUUCCGCGCGUCCUCGGAGCUGACCCUGCGGAUUCUCAGACAGCAGGAGGAGACGCUGAUGACCAUCCUGGAGGCGUUUAUACAUGACCCGACGCUGGACUUGCAGCGGGAGAAGCGCGGGGGCGGGUCGAGGAGGAGCGAGGUGAGGCUGCAGCCGCAGAGCGUGGUGGAUAGCAUCAAGAGAAAGGUCAAGGGGCUGCUGCCGAAUGAGAGCAUUCCGCUGUCGGUGGAGGGCCAGGUGGAGGAGCUGAUCAAGCAGGCGGUCGACCCGCGGAACCUGACGGCCAUGUAUAUCGGUUGGUGUCCGUUUUUGUAA